UGAACGGGAAAAAGAAAGCUACAGAGGUAGGAUUCAGUAAACAAACGGGACUGUCGCGAAACGCUCUUUGUUCGACACUUGGCUUCGUGACAGUGAAUUAAAAAUGUAAGAUUUCAAACAUUAAGGAGUUUUUUAGUGUCUCUGUGGAGUCAAUUUAGUUUUAGUUCGAUGCUGACGCUUUUUUUGAGUGACUCCAAACUGGACUGUUUACCGGGUUAUCCUCCGUCAGCGCCAGUUAAACUGCCUCUUUUUCACUGAAAGUGACGUUUUAGACAAGUGCUGGACUAUACCAUUUGGCUCCUCAAGGACCCCUCACUACUGUGGGCCCGGGUAAUCAGUGCCCUUUUCCCCCCGUCCUACGCCCCUGCUGGGUGCCUGUUACUUCCAUUUGUUUGUUGCUGUGGUGUCAAACUGAUAAAAAGAAAUACCUGGGUUUGAUGUUUUGGACUUCUUUUUUGUUGCUGUUGUAUCAAAAAGCCUCCUCUCACCACACACAGACCAUGGCAGCGAGACUGCAGCGCCCCCUCGUGGCCGUCCUCUGCCUGCUCUUGUACCACCUGAGGAGCGGUCUGACCGUCCCAGACCCUCGGCUGAGAGAGGCUCUGAUGAAGCAGGAGGCCUCCAUGCAGACGGGCGGUCGUCUGGUUCUGAACGAUGCAGAGCGGCGUCUGGAUGCUCUACUGUUUAAAAUGAAGCAGGAGGAGAUCAUGAAAGCAGACUUUCCUCCCACAGUGCACUUCUUCCAGGCCAGGCAUCUCAUCAAUAAGAGCCCCAUCUACAACCUCUUACAAAAAAUGCCCAAAGGGGGAGCUCUCCAUGUCCAUGACUUCUCCAUGGUCCCUGCUGAUUGGCUGGUCAAAAACGUGACCUAUCUUCCAAACUGCUACAUGUGCUGCACCGACAACCGCUCCAUCAGGUUCAUCUUCUCGUCUCAGUGGCCCAAACCUCUGCUACGCUGCUCUCCAUGGAUGCUGCUGGAAAAACUCAGAGCCGAGACAACCAACGUCACCGAGCUGGACAACAGCAUCAUGGGAAAUCUGACACUCUUCACCUACCAGGAUCCAGACUCUGUGUACCCCAGUCAGGACGUGGUCUGGGACCGGUUCGAACAGGCCUUCGGCGCCUUGUGGGGUCUGGUCACGUACGCGCCGGUGUUCAGAGAUUAUUACUAUGAAGGCCUGUCUGAAUUCUACAAGGACAACGUCAUGUACGUGGAGCUGAGAGCGUUACUCCCACAGAUAUACGAGCUGGACGGGAGCACUCAUGACACGGCGUUCACUCUGAAGACCUACCAGGAAGUGACCAGACGUUUCAUAGCUGAUCACCCGGACUUCUUUGGAGUGCGAGUCAUCUUCACCGUCAACAGAGGAGUAGAUUUGUCUGUGAUGACCAGUGUUGUGGAGGAGGCGAUGAAGCUACAGCAACUCUUCCCAGACUUUAUGGCUGGUUUUGACCUGGUGGGCCGUGAAGACAGUGGCAGACCUCUAUGGUUCUUCAGAGAGGCUUUGUCGAUGCCAGCAGAGCGAGGAGUGACGCUGCCGUUCUUUUUCCACGCUGGAGAGACGGAUCUGCAGGGCACUGAUGUGGACCAGAACCUGCUGGAUUCUCUUUUGUUGAACACUUCUAGGAUUGGACAUGGGUUUGCUCUGCCACGCCACCCGGUGGCCAAAGAUAUUUCUAGGAAGAAAGGGGUGGCAGUGGAAGUGUGCCCCAUCUCCAACCAGGUGCUGAAACUUGUCCGAGAUCUGCGUAACCAUCCUGCAGCUGCGCUGAUGUCAGAGAACCAUCCCGUGGUCAUCAGCUCAGACGACCCCGCCAUGUUCGGCUCCUCUGGACUCUCGCACGACUUCUAUGAAGCUUUUGUUGGGUUUGGUGGAAUCAGCUCACGUUUAGGCUCCCUCAAACAGCUGGCCAUUAACUCUAUAAGGUACAGUUCUUUGAGUCCUAAGCUGCAGGAGAGCGCCCUGGCUCUGUGGCAGAAAAGAUGGGACAAGUUUGUCUCUGAAAAUACUGUGUAGGAGGAAGCAGCAGCCAUCUUUAAUGCCAUCAUGCUCCCUUUGAUGAAGGAAAGAACUCUGGUGUUGUGUGAAUGCUGAAGGUGGAAAAGAGACAAUAUCUGUGGUAAAAUGGCCUUAAAGUAAAACUGGCUGUUUGUUGGGCAGCAGGAAACGUGCCAAAGCUGUAUCAAGGUGUAGGCUGAUGAUCUGAGCUGCAUUUAUGAAAAACUCUUAAUUUGAAGUGUGUUGUUUUCUGAUUUCAUUCUUGCAGAUUUGCACUGUGAUGGGAGAUUUCACUAAAACUGGAUUUAAGCCACUAAUAGCUUCAUGAACAUGGCAUCAGAUGUGGCUGUUAACUCCAUCUCAUGGUCUAAUUCACAAAUCACUCAGGAUAUUUCAGCAUAAAACACCCACAAAGCUGCUCUGCUCUGUGCAGUUCUGUAGGGUUGAACCAUCAGCAUGUCAUCUCUGUGCUCACUCAGUCCACGUCUAGAUCAUGAUCUGGGAGAUCAGGAGAUAUUUUCCAGUUUAUUUUGCAGUUUAGUCUUAAAGAGAUGCUUCAACUCAAAAAGCUUCUUCUCUGUAGCACACCAGUGAAAGCAGAUUAUCCAGACUGAAGAAAAUCAGACUCAUUCUUGAGCUGCACAACGAUCCAGACCAUCUCCAGGUGAAAAUACUAAUGUGUGACAAUCUUUGAGGUCAGGCAGCUGAACGGUAAAGCCGGUUUGGAUGUGCUAAAAGCUGCAGUCCACCAGAAACCUCAUUAACACCCCAUGUUAAAAAGUCCAUGUUACAGGAGAAAUAAACAUAUUUACAGACUAUUUUAGUAACAGUUUUUGUUCAUGUCUUCAAAGGCACACAUUGAGGAUGAGUUUUGUCUGUUUUGGUUUGAAGAAGGAUAUGAGUUAUGCACAACUAUGGGCGUGGCUGAUAUGAUGAAAAGCUGCAGGUUGUAGCUGUUUGUCUGGAGGUUUUAGACCCACCUCAGCUGUCUGAGUUUGAGACAGAAUUUUCAAUAUGGCAACCAAAUACAGCAGGGAUGCCUUUUGGAUGUGCGUUUCCUAUAAUAAAGUUAGUUAAUGAGCAGAAAAUAGGCCCCCAGCUGAUACAGAAUAUGUUAUUAUUUAGCUGCUUGUGUUUUCUGGCGAUGCUGUUGAUAUGUGUGAGAGAGAGAUGGCGAGAGCAGUUUUGUCAGUGUAUUUGUAUCUGUGCAUCCCUAACUUUUAGCCACAUAGUUUUUGGCAGACACACAUCAGUGACCUACUGACAAUGUCUUCGUGACCUGCUUUUGGGUGGUGGCCCACCCCUUGAGAACCACUGAUUUAGACAGUAUUUGCAUUCAUUUGCACAGGAAGGCACCAGUUUUGCCCUAAAUGACUGCAGACUGACUAAUUUGCACCUAUUAUGAUGCAAGUAUUAGUGCAUUUUUGAUGUUAGCCUCUCAUAGAGGUUGGAACCAUGUCUGCAGAACAUGGAUGACAAAAGAAGAGCAGACUGCAAACUGUCCAAAUCUUCGUCAAAGGAGGCAACUGGACUUAAUCAAGUACCUCAGUGAAGGUUUUUUUGUACUUGGAUGGAUGAGAACCUUCUGCAAACUAAGCUCAGAUGAAUUAUAGAGACAAGGGGCAGGGAACAUUCAAUUAAAAUAAUACAGAAUUUCAAAAUAAUUCCAAGAACUACAACGGUCUUGUUAAAUAUUCCUAUUUGUGUUCAGAAUCACAGAGAUGUAAAUGCUCUAGUCCGAAAACCAGAGCGUGGAUGCAUCCCUUAAAAAUGAGCACAAACAGCAUUAAUCCCCAUCUGUGUGUUUGGUGAAUUAGACCAUGUUUUUGUCUCUUUUCUCAGGUUUAAACAGCACAACAAAUGUGCAAUCCUUCAUGAACUACACACAGGCGUGUAGCACUGUAACAGUGUGGGGCAGCACCGAUAUCUCUGUUUGAUUUUUUAGGUUUUUCUGUGAUUGGGUUGUGAUUUGUAAAAGUGUGAGAGAGCUUUAUAUUUUAUGUGUUGGGCUUUGAACAACUUUAUCAACAGUUUUAUGGCAUAUGUGGUAUAUUUUCUGUCCUUUUACUUGAAUGUAAAUAUUAAAAACUUUCUGCUAACUAUGGUAUUUAAAGAAGCCGAUUUGAUGUUUGUUUACACCAUCACAUUUAAUAUAAUCCAUAAAAAACCACUCUGAGAAUCAAAAUAAUCCCUCAUUUUAAGCAAUAACCAAGACUUGAAUUAAAGGUCAAAUCUAAUCUCAACUGCCAAACUGAAUUUCUGUUUAAU